AUGCCACAUCAAGCCCUCAGUUCGCUUUCCGAGCGGGAAGCGGACUCGGUAGUUCUUCCAUCCAAGCGGCGGCGGACUGAAGCUGCCGUGGGUGACCCUGAAAAUGAGGCUAUGGACGCAGAGGAGUCACAAGAGGAAGAGGAGGAGAAGGGCUCGAACUUGAUCAAGGUGAAGGGAAAGAUGGUCAAAAGCCAACCGAAAUCAAAGGGGAAGAAGGUCAAGGCAAGACCGAGGCCAGAGAUGGCUUAG